AUGGAGGAUAAAAUCAAUGCUCUCAUUAAGGCAGCCAGUGGCAACGUUGAACCUUUCUGGCCUGGUCUGUUUGCUAAUGCCCUGGAAAAUAUCAACACUGGGAGCCUCACCUGCAACAUGGGUGCUGGUGGACCUGCCAUAGCCGCCAGGAAAGCACUGGCUGGAGGAUCUGACCCCUCCACUGCUGCUGCUCCAGCUGAGAAGAAAAAAUACAAAGUUUCGCGAGACGAGGCGGGGACGAGCUGGGCUCCUCUUCCCCGUGUGGAGGUCGUUCGAGUCACCGGCUCGCCUCCAGCUCUUUCACCUGCAGGCCCACUCCCCGCCCGCCCAGCCACGCUCUCCGCCCUGGCCCGGCCCGCAGGCGCUGCCCUCCGCUGCAGCUUCAGCACCUCCGCCCAGAACAAUGCUAAAGUCGCCGUGCUGGGGGCUUCGGGAAGAAUCGGGCAGCCCCUUUCGUUCCUCUUGAAGAACAGCCCCCUGGUGAGCCGCCUGACCCUCUACGAUAUUGCUCACACGCCUGGAGUAGCCGCUGAUCUGAGCCACAUUGACACCAGAGCGCAUGUGAAAGGCUACCUUGGACCAGAACAACUGCCAGACUGUCUGAAGGGCUGCGAUGUGGUGGUUAUUCCUGCAGGAGUCCCAAGAAAGCCAGGCAUGACGCGGGAUGACCUGUUCAACACCAACGCCACAAUCGUGGCCACCCUGGCUGCUGCCUGUGCCCAGCAUUGUCCUGAAGCCGUGAUCUGCAUCAUUGCAAAUCCGGUUAACUCCACCAUCCCGAUCACAGCAGAAGUUUUCAAGAAACAUGGCGUGUACAAUCCCAGUAAGAUCUUCGGUGUGACGACCCUCGACAUUGUCAGGGCCAACACUUUUGUUGCAGAACUGAAGGGUUUGGAUCCAGCUCGAGUCAACGUCCCUGUGAUUGGUGGCCAUGCUGGGAAGACCAUCAUCCCCCUGAUCUCUCAGUGCUCUCCCAAGGUGGACUUUCCCCAGGACCAGCUGACUGCCCUGACUGGUCGCAUCCAGGAAGCGGGCACCGAGGUGGUGAAGGUUAAAGCCGGAGCAGGGUCCGCCACACUGUCCAUGGCAUAUGCCGGCGCCCGGUUUGUCUUCUCCCUCGUGGAUGCCAUGAACAGAAAGGAAGGAGUUGUUGAGUGCUCCUUCGUCAAGUCCCAGGAGACAGACUGCACCUAUUUCUCCACACCGCUAGUGCUGGGGGAAAAGGGCAUCGAGAAGAAUCUGGGCGUCGGCAAAAUCUCCUCCUUCGAGGAGAAGAUGAUCGCCGAGGCGAUCCCCGAGCUGAAAGCCUCCAUCAAGAAAGGGGAGGAUUUCGUGAAGAACAUGAAAUGA